UCACGAGAAUUCAUACGAAAAAACAAAAGGGUAAUAGUUGUGCAGCAGGAGAAAGUGAGGGGGCGUCACUUAAUUUGAUUUGAGCAAUGUACUCUUUUUCUUCCUCUCUUUUCAGUAACAGAUUCCUACAACGCUCUACACUUUCCCCUCCUCCACCUCCUCACAUCCUUAAAGUCUCCUCUGUUAGGAUUGAAGAGAAGCCUCAAAAUCCUCAAAGCCCUCCUCCUUCCCCACCUGUGUACAAACCCAACGGAACAUCAGCACCACAAGUUCCACAAGUAUCCUCCUCCAAACCAUCUUCUUCAUCUUCAUCUUCAUCUUCAUCUGCUUCUGCUAACAAAAUCAAAAGGUUUUCCCAACCCUCUCUUCCUUCCACUUUCUGCAAUGUAUUUGACGACAUCAUCAACAAAUUCAUUGAUCCUCCUAUCCGUCCUUCUGUCGAUCCAAAAUACGUACUUGCUGACAACUUUGCACCUGUGAAUGAGCUUCCCCCUACAGAAUGCCCUGUCAUUAAGGGAGAACUUCCUCCCUGCCUAGACGGGGCCUACAUUCGCAACGGUCCCAACCCUCAGUACCUCCCACGAGGCCCACACCACCUCUUCGACGGAGAUGGCAUGCUCCACUCCCUCCGCAUUUCCAAAGGCCGCGCUACCUUCUGCAGCCGCUACGUCAAGACUUACAAAUUCAACCUCGAGAACCAGGCCGGUUCCCCCAUCUUCCCCAACUUCUUCUCCGGCUUCUACAAUCUCCCAGGCGCUGCCACGAGGGGGAUUGUUACUGCCGCAAGGGUUGUCACCGGCCAGUUCAAUCCGACGGGAGGUGUGGGUCUGGCCAAUACCAGUCUAGUCUUCUUUGGUAAGAGGCUCUUCGCACUCGGGGAGUCAGACCUCCCGUAUACCGUUCGAUUGACAGAGGAAGGCGACAUUGAGACGGUGGGCCGCUGCGAUUUUGACGGUAAGCUAUUCAUGGGCAUGACCGCCCACCCCAAGGUGGACCCAGACACCGGAGAGAUAUUUGCCUUCCGUUACGGGCCGGUUCCUCCAUUUUUGACCUUGUUCCGCUUUGACGCGGAAGGGUCCAAGAAGCCGGACGUGCCCAUCUUCUCGAUGGUGCAGCCCACACUCCUGCACGACUUCGCCAUUACCAAGAGAUACGCCAUAGUCCCGGACAUACAGGUGGUGAUGAAGCCCAUAGACAUGAUUGUGGGGAGUGGAUCGCCGGUGGGAUCGGACCCUCAAAAGGUGCCCAGGAUCGGGGUCAUCCCGCGUAACGCCACAACUGAAUCGGAGAUAAGGUGGUUCAACGUGCCCGGAUUCAACAUCAUGCACACCAUAAACGCAUGGGACGACGAGGAUGCGAUUGUCCUUGUGGCCCCAAAUAUAUUGUCGAUAGAGCACGCAUUAGAGCAGAUGGAACUAGUGCACUGCACGGUGGAGAUGGUGAGGAUAGAAAUAAAGUCAGGGAAGGUGACGAGGAGGACGAUUUCAUCAAGGAAUCUGGAUUUCGGUGUGAUAAAUCCUAGCUACGUUGGGAAGAAGAAUAGAUACGCUUAUAUGGGGUUGGGAGAUCCCAUGCCUAAGAUCUCUGGCGUAGUUAAGCUCGACUACGGUAACAACGGGGUGAAGGAGGCUGUGAGGAACUACGGGGAUGGCUGUUUUGGGGGUGAACCUUUCUUCGUAGCUAAGGACCCAGACAAUGAAGAGGCAGAAGAAGACGACGGCUACGUGGUGUCGUACGUUCACGAUGAGAAGAGAGGGGAGUCAAGGUUCGUGGUGAUGGACGCCCAGUCCCCAACCCUCGACAUCGUCGCCUCCGUCAAGCUACCUCGCCGGGUUCCUUACGGUUUCCAUGGUCUCUUUGUCAGUGAGAGGGACCUCACAAAGCAGUUGCCCCAUCACUAGAUUACCGACGGAGGACGCGGAUUCAGGUUUCCUUAUGCCGGAUUUGAUUGGGUCACUCGUCAAGACAACAACUUUCAAUUUUUAUUUUUACAAUGGUAGGUGGCCAAAUCAAUUUCUACUGCUAGGUGGGCCAACAAGCUUGGAGUAUCUCACACAUGGCUUAACCAAUUUCUGCCAAUAAUUCGGACCAUGUACUGAAUCCGCAUCCUUCUGACAACUGAAUUAUCAGACCAAAUUGUGCUUACUUCUCUGCUACUCUGAAUUAUGUAUUUCCUGCAUACUCAGAAACAAUGUUCAUAUAUACAGAAUUUAUAACCCUACUUUUAAUUAAUCUCUUUUCAAUUUA